AAAACACACACCAAAUACAACACGCAGAAGACCGAAAAAUCCUCUCUUUUGUUCUUUUCAUGCUGCCCCGACUUUGUUGACCGAUGAAUUGGAAGACGUCAUCCAAUCUUCGUUGGCGAGCAGCGAUAUGAUCCCUUCAGCCUUCUCGGUUUGACGAAUGCCGGUCCUACUCAUUUCACCCGGACCGUUGAAAUCGCAUGCCCGCCACUGCUUGCGGCAAUCAGAAGCUGUUCGGGCGCUGCUGGGCAGUUCUUGCUUCUGAGGGGAAGUGAAAUACAUGGAUUUACAAGUUGGGAGGUUGUUAUCACCUCCCAGUGGAAUGGCACUGAAGCCAUCUAACAACAUCUGGAUCCGGCGCCAGCAAUGUCCAUGUGGAGAUUGGAAGUGUUACAUCAGGUUCGAAGGAGAUGAUCAGGCAUCUGUGGGCCUUCACUUGGCAACGAAUGAAACAGCAUCCUCAUCCUCAUCAUUGUCUUCAGGGACGGAGCCCAUCUUUACUCCAUAUGUGGGCCAGGUCUUUAGAAGUGAUGAAGAAGCUUUCGAAUAUUAUAGCAACUUUGCUCGUAAAAAUGGGUUCUCAAUUCGAAAAGCACGUUCCACCGAGAGUCAGAAUUUAGGGAUAUACAGGCGGGAUUUUGUUUGUUAUAGAUCAGGAUUCAACCAGCCAAGAAAGAAGGCCAAUGUGGAGCAUCCUAGGGACAGAAAAUCCGUCCGAUGUGGUUGUGAUGCAAAGUUGUACUUGACCAAAGAAAUUGUUGCUGGUGUUGUUCAAUGGUAUGUUUCACAGUUCAGUAAUGUUCACAAUCACGAACUUUUGGAGGAUGACCAAGUUCGUCUACUUCCAGCAUACCGUAAAAUUCAAAUGGCUGACCAGGAACGGAUUCUUCUCCUCUCGAAGGCUGGGUUUCCUGUGAAUCGAAUUGUGAAGCUGCUGGAAUUGGAGAAGGGUAUCCAGCCGGGGCAGUUGCCCUUUAUAGAGAAGGACGUCAGGAAUUUCAUUCGGACUUGCAAGAAGACAGUCCAAGAAAAUGAUGCCUUGCUCAGUGAAAAGAGGGAAAAUGAUAUAUUGGAACUUCUCGAGGCCUGCAGGGCAAUGGCUGAUAAAGAGGCAGAUUUUUCCUACAACUACACUUCGGAUGAGAAUGAGAAGGUCGGAAAUAUUGCCUGGUCGUAUGCUGACUCAGCAGGUGCCUUUUCAGUAUUUGGGGAUGUCAUCACUUUUGAUACGACUUACCGUUCCAUUACGUAUGGGCUGUCACUUGGGAUUUGGUUUGGUACAGAUAAUUACGGAAAAGCCAUCGUCUUUGGGUGUGCAUUGCUUAAAGAUGAUAGUGCUGAUUCGUUUGCAUGGGCCUUACAGACGUUUGUCCGGUUUAUGAGGGGAAGACAUCCGCAGACAAUUGUAAGUGACAUUGAUUCUGGGCUCAGGGAUGCUGUUGCAAGGGAGUUGCCAAACACAAAGCACACGAUAUCUAUAUGGCACGUUCUCUCCAAACUCUCUAGUUGGUUCUCUGCUAAACUGGGUUCUCACUAUGGAGACUUCAAAAUGGAGAUUGAUAUGUUGUGUCAGCUGGAAAGUAUGGAGGAUUUUGAACAUCAGUGGAAUCUCAUGUUGGGUCGUUUUGGACUUGCUGCCGAUAAACAUGCUGCUUUGCUCUUCUCUUACCGAACUUCAUGGCCGAUCUCAUUCGUAAGAGGUUGUUUUCUGGCCCGAGCAAUGACUGCUGAAUACUCAAAAUCAGUGGAUGCAUUCUUGAAGAGAAUAAUUAGUUCACAGACAUGUUUGCAGGUUUUCUUUGAACAGGUUGUUAUCGCUUCUAGAUUUGGAAACAGCCCCAUUGAGAAUUUCCAAUACAUGCCUCUGAAAACAUGCAUGCCCAUGGAAGAACAUGCUCGCAUAAUCCUCACUCCAUAUGCGUUUAAUGUCUUACAGCAUGAGAUUGUGCUUUCCCUUCAAUAUGCGAUGGAUGAAAUGGCCAAUGGAUCAUAUCUCGUUAGACAUUACAAGAAAAUGGACGGAGAGUGUUUCGUUAUCUGGAUCCCAGAAGAUGAGCAGAUCCACUGCUCAUGCAAGGAAUUUGAGCACUCAGGAUUAUUAUGCAGGCACUCCAUAAGGGUCCUCGUGGCAAAGAACUUCUUCCAGAUCCCCGAUAAGUACUUUCCUCUACGAUGGCGUCUGGAGAGUUCACUGGUUUCUUUGGAUGCUCAGAACAUUACAGAAAAUACUAACGAGUGUGUUCAAGCCUUCCAUUCUUUAGCUGCAACUCUUUUGACAGAAUCAUUGGCAUCUAAGGAAAGGUUUGAUUUUGUCCAUAAAGAACUUGUGGGGAUGAUCGAUAAUGUCAGGAAUAUUCCAACAGCUGAUGAAGCUGUGUUUGACACAGCAAAUAAUCUCGCCGAUUGUGAAGUCGUUGGGACAUCACUUAGUUGGUGUAUCAGAUACAUGUUCAAAUUAUACAGAAAUUCAGAACAGCAGUCACUGUGGCAUGAUACUUCAGUUGGAAGCUUUUCACUAAUCAGCAUUUAGCUCACCCAUAUAUACGCGAACAUGUCCGAGACCCGAAACAAUUUCCAGCAUGGGCAGUUUUUGCUAUUCAAGAUGUCAGCCAACAUAAUAGAGGUGGUCAUUGGAUCAUUCCUUUAUCGCAGUGGAAGGAAUGUCUCAUCUCUUUACGCUCCUAUGAUCGGCAAACAUUGGUAGAGAGCAAAGGCAUACUAAAUGUCACCAUAAUAUUUCAACUUAUAUUCCUUUUGCGAUUUGCUGCAAUACUUCUAAACUUUCAUGAUGAGAAGGAUUUUGUAUCCAAAACCAAAUUAUGAUGAAUUCUUUGUAUUCUUUCCUUUCAUGGG